AUGCAGCAACAGCUCAGACAGCUUCUACCAGAUGUGGAGGUGGGUCCUUCUGCUGCUCUCACCGUAUUCUUUGGCUCCGCUGCAGCCGUGGUGGUCUGGAAAUGGCUGGGCAAACGGCAGAUCCAGGAGAAAAUGGAAGAGGCUCGGAGGACCCGGGAUCAGAGCAUGAAAAAAAUGGAAAAGGCUGUUCAGCAGUACAAAGAACAGAUCUCCCAUGUCCAGACUGGUGCCAUCCUGUCCCUGCCCCUGGUAGAGCUCGCCGGCAGACUGCAGGAAGGGACUCUGUCCCCUGAGACAGUCCUCUACACCUACAUAGAGAAGGCCCUGGAAGUGACCCAGCAGACAAACUGCUUGCGACAUUUUAUCCCGGAGUGUGAGGAGCAACUCCACGAAAUACAACAACGGAAGGAGAAAGGGCUGCUCUAUGGCAUUCCCAUCAGCAUCAAGGAUCACAUUGGCCACAAGGGGCAUCUGUCGACCUGUGGGCUUGUGCAGUUCUUGAACACCCCAGUGGAGGAGGACAGCGUCCUGGUCAAGGUUUUGAAGAGACAAGGGGCCAUCCCAUUUGCAUUUACCAAUGUGCCACAAUCUCUCUUCAGCUACGACUGCAGCAAUACCAUCUUCGGCCAGACGCUGAACCCUCUCAACCACAAGAAGAGCCCCGGAGGCUCCUCCGGUGGGGAGGGAGCUCUGAUCGCAGGGGGAGGCUCCAUCCUGGGCAUUGGGUCGGACAUUGGUGGCAGCAUUCGCCUUCCCUCCAGCUUCUGUGGGCUGUGUGGGCUCAAACCCACGAGUGACAGGCUCAGUUUGUCUGGAGCAAGUGGCCCAGUCAAUGGGAUCCUGUCAGUUCCCUGUGCACUGGGGCCAAUGGCAAGAGACGUGGACAGCUUGGCCCUGUGCAUGAAAGCGUUGCUCUGCAAGGAGAUGUUCCAGCUUGACCCCACUGUGCCCCCCAUACCCUUCAAUGAGGAGGUAUAUUCAAGCUCUGCUCCCCUCCGGAUUGGGUACUACGACACGGAUGGCUACUUCCCACUCCCUCCUUGCAUGAGACGGGCAGUGCAUGAAACCAGGGAUGCUCUGCGGGCAGCUGGUCAUGAGUUGGUGCCGUUUGCUCCACCUCGGAUCCACUAUGUCAUGACUGAACUGUUUUUGAAGACAUUUUUUGCUGAUGGCGGCCAUGCUUUUUUGGAUCUGUUCACAGGAAAUAUUGUAGAUCCAGGCUUGAAACCACAGGUGAAUUGCUACAAGAUCCCAACACUGGGGAAGAAGCUGCUGGCUCUGAUUCUUAAACCUCUGUUUCCCCGCCUGGCUGACUAUCUGAGUGCCUUGUGUGGAAUGAGGUCAGUGAACAAGAUGUGGAAUCAUCAGCAUCAAAUAAUGGCAUAUCGCACAGAGUUCAUCGCCAGAUGGAGGGAGCUCAGGCUAGAUGUCAUGCUUUGCCCUGUCCUGGGUCCGGCUUUCACUAGAGGUUACCCUGGCAAAAUCCUAACCGCUAUCUCCUCCACGAUGUUGUACAAUGUCUUGAACUUCCCUGCUGGGGUUGUACCUGUCAGCACAGUGACAGAAGCUGAUGAAGAAGAGCUGAAGCUUUAUCAAGGAUACUGUGAUGACCCCUGGGACAGGACACUGAAGCAGGCCGUGGAAGGAGCUGUGGGGCUGCCUGUGGCCGUGCAGUGUGCGGCUUUGCCAUGGCAGGAGGAGCUGUGCCUCCGGUUCAUGAAAGAGGUGGAGAUGCUUAGCUGUGCUAAGACAGCAAUGUAG